UUCUGCCCUGGGAGGUGAAGACACACCACACCUGUCGCCACCGUUCGCUGUCUACCUUCCUGCCGCCAGCACCUGCCGCCCAGCGCGCAGCAGCCCGGCCCCAGCAUGACGGACCAGGCACCCUUCGACACCAAUGUCAUCACCCUGACCCGCUUUGUCAUGGAGGAGGGCAGAAAGGCCCGCGGCACCGGUGAGAUGACUCAGCUGCUCAAUUCGCUGUGCACCGCCGUCAAGGCCAUCUCCACCGCCGUGCGCAAGGCGGGCAUCGCUCACCUCUAUGGAAUUGCCGGCUCUACCAAUGUGACGGGUGAUCAAGUUAAGAAACUCGAUGUCCUCUCCAAUGACCUGGUUGUUAACAUGCUGAAGGCCUCUUUUGCCACUUGUGUUCUUGUGUCGGAAGAAGACAAAAAUGCCAUCAUAAUAGAACCGGAGAAAAGGGGUAAAUACGUGGUCUGUUUUGAUCCCCUGGAUGGUUCUUCCAACAUUGAUUGUCUUGUGUCCAUUGGCAGCAUUUUUGCCAUCUACAGAAAGACUUCAACAGGGGAGCCAUCUGAGAAGGAUGCUCUGCAGCCGGGUCGGAAUCUAGUGGCAGCUGGUUAUGCUCUUUACGGAAGUGCCACCAUGCUAGUGCUGGCCAUGGAGUGUGGGGUCAACUGCUUCAUGCUGGAUCCGGCCAUCGGAGAGUUCAUUUUGGUGGACAAAGAUGUGAAGAUCAAAAAGAAAGGGAACAUCUACAGUCUCAAUGAAGGCUACGCCAAGGACUUUCACCCCGCGGUCACUGAGUACAUCCAAAGGAAGAAGUUCCCCCAAGAUAAUUCAGCUCCCUACGCUGCCCGGUACGUUGGUUCCAUGGUGGCCGAUGUUCACCGCACGCUGGUGUAUGGAGGGAUCUUUUUGUACCCUGCCAACAAGAAGAGUCCCAAAGGAAAGCUGAGACUGCUGUACGAGUGUAACCCCAUGGCCUACGUCAUGGAGAAGGCCGGAGGCCUGGCCACCACCGGGAAUGAAGCUGUACUGGACAUUGUCCCCACUGAAAUCCACCAGAGGGCGCCAAUCAUCUUGGGGUCCCCUGAGGAUGUGGCAGAGUUCCUGGAGAUCUACAAGAAACACGCCGCCAAGUGAAGCCCGGGCUUUGCCCUCACAGAAAAGAAUCGCUUCUCACUGAGCCCAGCGUUCACACUGUGCUGCCAUGUCCUGAGUGGGCAUCAUGCUUGCCCAGACAGCAGAAAUUCAAAGCACGGGUAUUUUUACUAUGUGGUGAGGUACUCUGUAAUCAAAAUGCUAUCAGGAUAAUGCCGCUAACAAUCAAGAUAUGUUUUGAGGGGGUGGGGGAUAAAUAAAAUAUAUUAUUACUUUCAAAAA